AUUACAAUACACUGUGCUGAAUCCAAUGCUUCUUGGUGUGUAAUGAAGAGUUUGGGACAUCUGAAUAACUGCAAAGCUAGGAGUAUAAUUGUAGAAAUGAGAAACUUCCUAGCCAUUCUUGGAGUGACUGUCCUGGCGAUCGCCACAAAAACCUUGGCAGAUGAUUCCUACAUGCCUGAAAAACCUAUUUAUCCCGCAGGUAAAAGAAAUUUAGCUUUGAAUGCAGUGGUGUAUCCAAGCUCAGAGGUGACUGAAGGAUCGUCCUGGAAAGCCAUUGACGGCAAUAGAAGAUCCUGUUUUGAGACCAAGUAUGAGCAGCCCAGCUGGCUGGCCCUGGACCUGAAACAGAAUUACAGAAUUAACACUGUUGUGAUCACCAGCCAAAAUUACCCGCACCGCUUGGAUGGGGCAGAAGUCCAAGUUGGAAAAUCUCUGGAUGGAGCUGUAAAGUGUCGAACAAUCAGGAUGUCUAACAACCCCACUACUAAGAUUUGCUGCCAUGGGAAAGAAGGACGCUAUGUUAUUAUAACAAUGAAUCUACGAAAAGAAUAUCUUCCUCUGUGUGAGGUUGAGGUCUAUGCUGUGACAGCCAAUGACCAGAUGGACUGUGAGGACUAGAUUUAAAUAUAGUGUACAGCUGGCUUUAUUUACAUAACUGUUCCCUCAAAUCCAUGGUUGAACUGCUCCCCUCCUUUCGUAAUGAUUGUUAGAAAAGACUGCUCAUGUAGUCACUUGAAAAUUGUACUACUGCAAGUUUCGGAGAUUAAGGAUGUGACUGUGCUGUCCAAUAUUUUCGCGCCAGAAUUAAAUGUAAUUAAGCAAAAAAUA